CGGUAGGCUCAUAGCACAGGUGAGCGCUUUCUCCAACAAUUUCCCGAUCUGUUCAUCAUCAUCAUGUCCAACACGGCUCGGUUCAUAAUCGCAGCAGUCUUUAUCAUCAGCACCAGUUUCUUUGUGCUGUUCUCGUUCUCUGAUACUCCCGUACCCUUUAUUCGAAGUGAACCUACUGAUACCAAGAUAACAGCCCUUGAGAAUCAAUUGGCUGAGCUGAAACUGGGACGGAACGACCAAGUGGAUGCCUAUGUCAAGUGUUUGACCAAGCCGGAAGGGCAUGAAACCUUUUACAAUGUUCAACGGUGUUUGGCAGAUAUCAAACACAAGCACAUUAUGAAAGUCGUGGAUGUCAUUGAAAAGCUUCCGGCAGAGGAGCUGCAGCGAUUUGCUGGCCAGGGGGGCUGGGAUUCCGUUCCCAAAUGGAUUGUAUUUGACCUCUUUCAACCAACGUACGAAUGCAACGCCAUGGAUUUCAUUCGUAUUGGGGCGCCAUCCAAAACCGGGGAUACAGGUAAAUGGAUCUGUACAGAUAAACUGGACUUUGGCCCCCAAAAGAAAUGCGUCAUCUAUUCCUUGGGAUCGAACAACCAGUUUGACUUUGAGCAGGAUAUGCAUCGCUUGUUUCCCGAGUGCAAGAUCCAUACACUUGACUGUACGGGCAACUGGGCCGACCCUUCGACAACCUUUCACUCGUGGUGUGUAGGGGGUGAGGACAAGACGGAUGAUAAGGGUCGGCAAUACAAGCGCUUGUCAACCGUUUCCAAGGAGUUGGGUGUGGACACCAUCUCCUUACUAAAGAUGGAUAUAGAAAACUUUGAAUGGCCCUUCUUCAUUGACCUCCUAAACGAACCAGUCGAUCACCGCCCAAUGCAGAUUCUCGUUGAAUUCCACGCCGGCAUGCCAUCUGGCAGCGUCCCCCGUCCACACGAAAUUGCGCCAACACUCUUUGAGGGAUGGAACAAAAACUGGGCUAUACCUAUGGUGAAAAUGUUGAAAUUGUUUGACCAGUUGGGGUACCGAAUUGCUUGGCAGGAGAGGAACCGGUGGGGAGAGUUUGCUACUGAGAUUAUUCUAAUUCACGAGCGGGCGUUAUGAAUAGUUAGAUAUAUUUAAUUUGGUGGAAGAUUACCGUAUUUUAUGUAGAAUAGUUUGGACAAGAUAGGUAUAUCUUAGGUUUCUGGUCAUUAUCAAAAUAAUAGCGUGGUACAGGGUUCCAAUAAAGCAAUAAACUUCAUCUACCGUAUAGAAAUCUAAAGAAAAC